AUGCCGCGGUAUUGCUUCGCGGCGGGGCGCUGCUACAGGGAGGGCGGCAUCACAGGAUCGCAUGGAAGAAGAGGAGGAGGCGGCGGCCUCCAGGACUGUGGGCCGACGCUCAUCGCAGCUCUCAAGGCUUGCGGCCGCGCGCGCGACAUUGACACGGGUAAGAAGCUCCACUUGGAGCACCACAGCCACGGCGACAUCUUCGUGGAGACAUCGCUCGUCGCAAUGUACGCCAGAUGCGGCAGCAUGGCCAACGCCCGGCGCGUCUUCGAUGCGAUGCGCCGCCACAACGCCGUCUCGUGGACCGCGCUUAUCGCGGGCUACGCCGAGAACCGCGACCCCGACUCCGCCAUCGCCGCCUUCCACGCGAUGCUCGCCUCCGGGUGUGAGGCCGACGCCACCGCAUUCGUGGCAGCGGUCGCGGCUCUCUCCUCCAAGAUCGAGGGGGAAAGCCUUCGCGCCGCGCGGCAGCUGCUUCCAUUGCAAGGUGGCACGCAAAUGCCGUCACUGGGCAUCUGCGCUAGCGAUGCUGUUCCAGAAAACCACGUCUCCAGGAAGAUCGAUCUGGGCUUGCUUGACGCGGGCAUGGCGAUCCACUGCCGGGCCCGGGGCCACGAAUCGGACAUCUUCGUCGCCAGCGCGCUGCUCGACAUGUACUCGAAGCUCAGCAGCGUCGAGGACGCGCGCAUUGUCUUCGACCGGAUGCCUCGCCACGACGUGGUGUCGUGGACCACCUUGAUCCUGGCCUACGUCGAGAAUGGCGACGAUGAUCUCGCGCUGGAGCUCUUCGACUCAAUGCCGCCCGGGUGUGAUCCCGACGCGCGGACCUUCGUGGCGGCGAUCAUGGCUAGCGGGAACCUGGCGUCGCGCGAGGACGCGGUGGACGUCGAUGGUGGCAAGAUGGUCAAGCCCAAGAGCCUGGAACGCUGCCGAGCUAUCCAUUCCCUCGCUGCGGAGAAGGGCUGCGCGGGAGAUCUCUUCGUGGCGAGCAAGCUCGUGGAUGCCUACUCCAAGAGCGGCGCCGCGGAGGAGGCGUGGAUGGUCUUCCAGGCCAUGCCUCGCCGCGACCUCGUCGCCUGGAACUCGAUGGUGCUGGGACUCGCCGAGAAUGGAGAGGGUGAUCGAGCUCUCGGCUGCUUCCACUGCUUGGAGCAGUGCCUGGAGCCGGACGCUCGCAGCUUCACUGCCGCCAUCGCCGCCAUCGCGAGCACAGCGGCGAAAGAGCCCGGCCGGGAGAUCGAGGGGAGGGUGGUGAAGCUGGAGUCCCUGGGGAAGGCGAUGGAGAUCCACGCUCGAGCCGAGAAGAAAGGGUGGUGCCGCUCGGACGUGUUCUUGUUGAACAGUUUGAUCGGUAUGUAUGCCAAGUGUGGGAGUAUGGUCGAUUCUCAGCGCGUGUUUGACAGGAUGCCCGCUCGCACCGCCGUCUCGUGGUCCAGCUUGAUCCUCGGCUACGUCGAGAACGGCGACGACGAUCUCGCGCUGGAGCUCUUCGACCGGAUGAAGCGAUCUCCUCAGUCGCCAUCGCCGCCGUGCGCGAGAGCUUACGUCGUGGCGCUCAUGGCGUGCUCGAGCUUGGCGGCGCUCGAGGCCGGGAGAGCGCUCCACCGUGAGGCUUCCAUGCUGGGAUUCACCGCGGACACGUACCUGGCAGUGACGCUGGUGGAUUUCUAUGGCAAGUGCGGCAGCAUGGAGGAGGCCGAGAAAGUCUUUCGAUCGAUGGACGAGAGGAGGAAGAACAAGGUGGCGUGGAGCGCUCUCCUUGCGGGAUACAGCCGCCAGGGUGAUGCUGGGAGAGUGUUUGCCACCUUCGAGGAGAUGCGAGGCUCCGGCGUGGAGCCGUGCGCGGUGGCGUUCGUAUCUCUCCUCGCCGCAUGCAGCCACGCCGGGCUGGUAGAUCGCGGCCGGGAGAUCUUCUCGGCGAUGGUGGAGCGCUACCGCAUCGCGCCGCUGGCGGAGCAUUACAAUUGCAUGGUGGACAUGCUGGGCCGCGCGAAUCUCCUGGAUGAGGCGCUGGCGGUGGCCACCGGAUCGUCAUUUGUAGCGAAUGCCGCGACGUGGAAGAUCGUCCUGGGAGCUUGCCACAAGUGGAAGAACUCGGCGAUCGCGAGGGUGGCGUUUGAGGCGCUGGUGGCGAUGGAUCCGAGACUGGAUGUGGCGUACGUGGUGAUGGCCAGCGUUCUUGGGAGCGCUGGGCUGUGGGAAGAGCAGGCUAGAGUUCUCGAGCGGCGGGGCAAGGCCGGGACUUGGAAGAAGGCCGGGCAGAGCUGGUGGGUGUGUCCCAGAUCGGGAAUUGUUCACAAGUUCCGGGCGGGGGAAGUGGAUCACCACCCGCAGGGAGACGCCAUCGCCGCCAAGAUUAAGGAGCUCUUGGGCGUGAUGAAGGAGAGGCAUGGAUACGUCGCGGAGGUGGGGUGUGUGACGCACAACAUCGCGGAGGUUGAGAAGGAGGGGACGCUGUGCGGGCAUAGCGAGCGCCUGGCCAUCGCGUGCGCGAUCGUCAACACUCCGGCCAGGGAAUCGGUGAGGGUUGUCAAGAAUUUGCGAGUUUGCGAGGAUUGCCACAGGGCCACCGCGAUCAUCUCCCGGAUCGAGGAGAGGAUUCGAGAAAAUCGGGCACCGCUCGAAGAGGAUGCCUUUCGGCCGGUACUCUUCCAUUAUGAAGCAAAGAAAUUCAGGCUAAAGCUGUCCAUGUCCGAGGACCUAGAGAAUAUCGAUGCUCUGCGCCUUCAAACACAUUCUAUUGUUUAG